AUGGCGACUGGUGUGGCGUGGGAUAUGGGUUGGCGACGAGAUGGAGAGAAUCUUCGAAAAGCACAAAAGCGGUUUGUGUGGGCGGCGGUCACGGGAGCCGAGUCACGGGAAUUGGGAAGCGAGAGGGCUCGCAGGGCUUGGCAAUUAUGUCAGCAAAUGCAUUUUCUCCACCAGACUUCGAUAUGGUCACAAUUGAGCCUGGCAUCCAAGAGCUAA